CAAUGGAGAAAGAGAGACAAAGCCGACCGUAGAUCUGGAGUAAUCUAUGGUCUGGAAAGAGCAUCUAUUGAGAUACAACGUAAACGAAAAGGAGCCGCACUCGCGGAGAGAAUGACUGUCUGUCCAUGUUCUUCGGAAAUUACGGCGUGACUGAAAGUAAAAAAAAAACAAUUUACAGCGUGGAUGAUGUGAGAGAGAGAGAGAGAGAGAGAGAGAGAGAGAGAGAGAGAGAGAACGGCGGCUAACAGUGUUGAGGGGAACUGUGUGUGUGAGAGAGACUAAACGGGUCUAACAGUUUUGAGAGGAAUUACCAUCACCACCCCUCACAUUCAUGGCGAUGGGGAUGUCCACGUGCGCAUGGGAAAGACACGUGGCCUUAUCCUCGCUGUGUACGUGGCGUUCUAACGGUACUCAGUCUAGCGAUCUACAGAACGCGAUUGCGAAGGAAACUUCAUCCUCCGCGCGGAGCUGCGGUCCCAUUGCUGGGGCGUUUCGGGCAUCAUCAUCAUUAUCAUCGUCAUCAUCAUUGUCUUCAUCAUCAUCAUCAUCAUCAUCAGCAGCAGCAGCAGCAGCAGCCGUUUCGAAAAGUGUUCUUCUGCCUGUUGACCGUCCAGUGUUCUCCAUUUUGAAGAAGGAGCAGAGAGAGAAAGGGAGAAUUUAUCGGAAAUCGGAUUUUGCGGAUCUCGUACUCAGACAUGUUUUCGGUGGCGCGCCAACGCCAACGCGAGUCAAGGUAAUAGGAGGAGGAAGAAGGUGGCAGCUACGGGGGGCAGCGAUGGCGGAUGGCCAACUGUCGGGUUCCAACUCAGACAUGUCAGUUGCUUCCACUUCGGAGGGAGGAAGAUCCAUCGCCGCCGCCGCCAUAGCCACUGAGACGAACGAUGGUGAUGGUGACGACAACGACAACGACGAUGCCGUCACGAACCGCCAGUUGCAGAUCCGGAACGCCAUAGUCGAAUGUCUUUCGAGCUGCUUGACGUCCACUUCUCUCGAUCUGACGAUUCCUGCUAUCUCGUCGUCGAAGAAAGAAGGGAAAGUGCGAGAUAUGUAUGACGCCGGAGAGCUGUUAAUUGUCGUGACAACGGAUAGACAGAGUGCAUUUGACAGAGUCCUAGCUUCUGUGCCGUUUAAGGGUCAGGUGCUGAACGAGACGAGUGGGUGGUGGUUCGACAAGACGAGACACAUUGUGCCUAACGCAGCAUUAUGCAGGCCUGAUCCAAAUGUGACCAUUUUCAAGAAGUGCGCAGUUUUUCCCGUCGAGUUCGUGGUGCGUGGGUACAUAACUGGGACAACAAGCACGUCUCUGUGGACUGUAUAUAACUCUGGGAAGAGGGAGUAUUGCGGCAAUUUGCUGCCAGAAGGAUUAGUAAAGAAUGACAGGCUGGAAAAGAACAUGCUCACGCCGACGACCAAGGCUGCAGAUCAUGACGUUCCGUUAUCUCCAGAGGAGAUCGUCGAGAAGGGAUUGAUGACAAGGGAGGAUGUGGAGUACCUGCAAAGCACAGCUCUGUCUCUCUUUGCCUAUGGACAAGAAGUUGCUGCCGCAAAUGGACUGCUCUUGGUCGACACUAAGUAUGAAUUUGGAAGGGCUCCAGAUGGAACAAUCAUGCUGCUAGAUGAGAUCCAUACUCCAGACUCAAGCCGCUAUUGGAUAGCAAACAGCUAUGCUGAGAGGCACGCAGCUGGACUCGAACCCGAGAGCAUUGACAAAGAAUUCCUGCGCUUGUGGUUUAAGAACAACUGCGAUCCGUACAAUGACGUGGCGCUUCCAGAUGCACCCAAGGAGUUAGUCACAGAGCUCUCCUUCAGGUACAUCAGGCUGUAUGAAAUGAUUACUGGCAAUCCUUUCAGCAUCCCUAAUUUGAAGCAAUCUAUGGAUGAUCGGAUAAGGCAAAAUGUUGAUGCUGCUCUAUCUUCUUUACGAGUGGCUGGGAGGAGGCAAUAAAAAUCAGGUAAGAAAAACGAUCAGACUAGGAAGAUGUUGAUGAUGCUCAUCAGGGGAAGCUGCUGCCAUAAAGCAGGGAAUCAAUCUAUGUAUGUGAUCAGAUAAGAACAAAAAAAUGUUGAUUCUGCUGGUCUAUCUUUUCUUUACGAGUUGCUUGCUGGGAGGAGGCAAUAAUAAGGCAAGAGAUCGGACUUGGAAUAUGUUGAUGAUGCUCAUCAGUGGAGCUGCUUCCAUAAUGUAGGAAACCGAUUAAACCAUUGUCAAAGUGAAAGCCACCUGCGGUAUAUACCAUGGUCAUGAUGCCAACCUCGGGCGAUGGCGGUGUGUGUAGAGCGUGUUGCUGCUAAACGUGUGGGUAGAGCAUUUUGUAAGUGUGUAUAGAGAUUUGUUGUACGAUUAUUACCCUUCAUGCUCUUUCCUGAUCUUCUGGUUACUUGUUUAAAAAAGGGGAAAAAAAAUAAAAAAUAAUAAACAGGUUCUUAUGAUGUGGUUACUUGUUUAAAAAAGGGGGAAAAAAAAAAAGAAAAAAAAACAGGUUCUUAUGAUGGUCCUGGCUCCGUAUUGAUGCUAGUAAAAUGCUACCAACUGU